AUGGAGGGGGCGGCCAUUCUGUCGUUCUUCGUUGGGCUCGGGCUAUUGCUCGGACCCAUGUCCCUUCCGUACGAUAGCGGACAGCACGACGAUACUACCCCCUAUGACAAUCUUCCGCCGGCACCUCACGACCGGCCCCCGCCUACUCUUCUUCAAGAGGAAGUCGGAGACGCAAAGCAGAUGGCGCGGAGAGGCGAAAGGCCGGAGGUGUGCGCGGCCCAGUACCGCAUGAAGAGCAAGGAGUUCUGCGAGUGCAUCAUCGGACGCAACGACAACUUCUUCUGCAGCUACGAGUGCCACUGCUUGCUCGUCCAUUGCGAGUCGUCUCGUUGCCACCCAACACACAAGGCGAUCGUGAUCAUGGUGUUGCUGAGCCUGUUCGUGCUGGGCACGUGCCUGUUGUGCUGCGGGCUGGGCUGCCUGGCCUACUGCUGGCUCAACCAACGACACCAGGGCUUCACCGCGCGACGCUACCGCAAGAUGGUCUCCUCCACGCGACUCAGCCGACGAAGACGACGCGGACGACGAAGAGGCGCAGAAGCGGAGAAGGUGAAGAAGGAAGAGGAGCGAGAAGAGGAGGAGGAAGGGCCUCCGCCACUGCCGCUCGAGGAGAUGGAAGAAGGACGCCGCCGAAGCAGUCGCGAUGAAGAGGCCGCCGAAGUUGAGAAGGCAACACCCCAACAAGAAAGCCGGUGA